UGGUAGCAAAAGGCAGACCGCUGAAGAAGCUCUAGGAAAAUAGAUAUCCAAUACACAAAAAGAAGCAGAAUGCAUAGCAGCCUGCUCUGCAGCAAUUGAUGUCACCCCUCUGCAAAUGAUUCCUCCUGCACCUUCUGAAGCCAUGAAGGUGAACACUACUGGCACGAAAAGAAUACCAUCGGAAGAAGCUGCAGUAAAACAGAGAUCAAAUGGACAAAAAGAAGCACAAGAAAUAACAAACUGCUCUGCAUCAAUUGAUAACACUCUUCUUCAUAUGCGGCUGCCUCCAAAAACAACAAUGGAACUAGAAUGUCCACCUGGAGUUGUCCAACUUUCAGACAAUGAAUCUCCUACGAUAAAGAAAACACCUAAACCAAGUCUGCGUGCACCAGGACUGCCAAAUGCCAUUGGACGGCUCAACUUGCAAGAUUCCAGCUGCAUAAUAAAACCUCGAGGUCUUCAGUUCAUUAGUUCAGGCAACCCAGGAGAUCCAAACGACACAGGUAAUACCAACUGUGAUCCUUUCACUACAUCUGAUUUUUGA